AAGCAACAACGACGCGAGCCCGCAUCUCUGGAUGCCCCUCGUCAGUCAACAAGGCCCCGGUCUGCCCAUUGCCAAAUCCCCGUCCUUGAAUGCCUGAAAUGCAUCCAGCCCAUCCCGAAGAAGGACCUUGCAUGGCAACGCACCCAGCCAGCCCCCAAACCAAACAUCUCACCCAGCAAUGUGUCCAGCUCAGCGCUUCCAACGCCAUCCCAUCCUUAUUACACCCCUCAUCAUAAUCCCUAUCUCUACCAGCCUUGAGCCCACGAAUAUCUACUCUUCGGCACAGCCACACCUGCCAUAUCUGCUCCUCACAGUAGAGGAAACAGCACGGGUCGAUUCAACUACUUUUUUAAGAAAUAGCAAGGGGCCAAUGCCGAAUUCCAAAAUGGCAGAGCACACCUCGAUCUCACGACGCAUCUGUCGCAGAGACACACCACCCUUGUAGAAGAGGUAUCGGAGCCAUCAUCCCCUUGGAAUGACUGCAUGCGCAGGCUUCUGGAAGCCCGAACACCGCAACGGGGCAAGACCAAAAUCCUCCGACGCCCCGAACUUCCCGGAAGGACGAGCGGCGUCGCCAUGGAAUGGGGGAUUUAAUGGGAGUUCAACAAUGACUGUGGCAGCAAUAAGUGACGACAACGGGGCUCCGGGGUUAAUACACAUUUGUCAGUGACAUCUCCUUCGCUACCGCCCAGAGCGCUGCGACGUCCCUGGAACAAAGUACAAUCCCAAUGUCUCGCACCUGCGGCCCCAAGGUAAGACCAAAGGAGACUGGCGGGCGAGUCUGAAGAAUGGAAGAUCUUGGGUUACCGAACUUUUAGGAUCAAGCGGCAGGCAAUGUGCAACUGAGUCGCUGUUGAGGCGACUUCUUGAGAUGACUGCCUCUCGUCUUGGUCUAGGAAGCCUUGAGAUAUCCCAUUCGUCACAAGGAC